AUGAAGUCGUCUGCACCACAUUUCCAGAUACUGCUGAGUGCACUUUUAUGCGCUCCCAUAGUACAAGCGGCGAUACUUCCUCGUCAAGGAAAGACGACCAUGCCUGAUAACACCGUCGUCGUCGCCGGGACCGAUAACUUCUGCCUCGUCGUUCCCAAGGACGCACACACCAACGUCGGGGACAGCGAAUACCCAGGCGGCGAAACGGUUUAUUGUUCCGCCAAAGCCAAAACCUCACCGCUUCAAGGAGACCUCGCCUCCAAUUUCUGGUCUAACGUCGAGUUCGUGAGCAAGACGGGGGUUAACGGGCAGGUUUUCGUUCAGCUGACGGGAUGCAUCAACGCAGGUACGCUAGAUAGAAUUAACCCCGACGACGCAGGUGGGCAAUACGAUUCUAGCGGCGGUGAUGGCGGAUUGGGAAAUCCACGGGAUAGCGUAUGCACUGGGUGCAUCACCUUCCUUCUCCUUCGUCUAUUUCCACUAUUUGGGGAGCUAACGUGUUUGGGCAGAUAUAAUCAUUACGUGGAGCUCCUCGAACCUCGCGGGCCACGCGCUUGCAUUAGAUGUUGUAUCGAUCCAGGAGAUUGUCCUGUCACUAUGGACACUUCGGGGUGCCCUGCUGUUAUUCCCGGAAAUUACUUCAAUUGUGGCUAA